UGCGGGGCCGAGGGCCGGGGACCUUUCCUGCGCGGCCGCCCCAUUCACAGACCCGCCGCCAGCCCUCCUGGUUCGCUUCCGCCGCUCUGGGAACCGGGAGUCACCGGGAACUGGGCACCUGCAGCCCGGAGGUCUUCCCCCAGCCUGUCUCUGGAGCUGGGAGCUAGGACUGCAGAGGGGCCCACCAUGGUGGUUCUGGGACCCCUGGCUAUCACCCUGUUGCCGCCCAGCCUCGCACUGCUGGUGUUCCACCUCUCCAGCUCCCAGGAUGUCUCCAGUGAACCCAGCAGUGAGCAGCAGCCAUGCGCCCUGAGGGAACACCCCACCGUGGCCUUUGCAGACCUGAAGCCCUGGGUCUCUAACUUCACCUAUCCUGGAGCCCGAGAUUUCUCCCAGCUCGCUCUGGAUCCCUCCAGGAACCAGCUCAUCGUGGGAGCCAGGAACUACCUCUUCCGACUCAGCCUUGCCAAUGUCUCCCUCCUUCAGGCCACAGAGUGGGCCUCCAACGAGGACACACGCCGCUCCUGCCAAAGCAAAGGGAAGACUGAGGAGGAGUGUCAGAACUACGUGCGAGUCCUGAUUGUCGCUGGCCGGAAAGUGUUCAUGUGUGGGACCAAUGCCUUUUCCCCAGUAUGCUCCAGCAGACAGGUGGGGAACCUCAGCCGGACCAUGGAGAAGAUCAACGGCGUGGCCCGCUGCCCCUAUGACCCUCGCCACAACUCCACAGCUGUCAUCUCCUCCCAGGGGGAGCUCUAUGCAGCCACAGUCAUCGACUUCUCGGGUCGGGACCCCGCCAUCUACCGAAGCCUGGGCAGUGGGCCGCCCCUUCGAACUGCCCAGUAUAACUCCAAGUGGCUCAAUGAGCCAAACUUUGUGGCAGCCUAUGAUAUUGGGUUGUUUGCAUACUUCUUUCUGCGGGAGAACGCGGUAGAGCAUGACUGCGGACGCACGGUGUACUCUCGGGUGGCUCGUGUGUGCAAGAAUGACGUGGGGGGCCGCUUCCUGCUGGAGGACACAUGGACCACGUUCAUGAAGGCACGGCUCAACUGCUCCCGCCCAGGCGAGGUUCCCUUCUACUAUAACGAGCUGCAGAGUGCCUUUCACCUGCCUGAACAGGACCUCAUCUACGGGGUCUUCACCACCAACGUAAACAGCAUUGCCGCUUCUGCUGUCUGCGCCUUCAACCUCAGUGCCAUCUCCCAGGCUUUCAAUGGCCCAUUUCGCUACCAAGAGAACCCCAGGGCUGCCUGGCUCCCCAUCACCAAUCCCAUCCCCAAUUUCCAGUUCGUGGGGCUGAGCGACGGCGUGCUGCGCCUCCCGCUGGAGAGGUGCACCGCCUACCGGAGCCAAGGGGCAUGCCUGGGGGCACGGGACCCAUACUGCGGCUGGGACGGGAAGCAGCAACGUUGCAGCACGCUGGAGGACAGCUCCAACAUGAGCCUCUGGACCCAGAACAUCACAGCAUGUCCUGUGCGGAAUGUGACUCGGGAUGGGGGCUUCGGCCCGUGGUCACCAUGGCAACCAUGUGAGCACUUAGAUGGGGACAACUCAGGCUCUUGCUUGUGUCGGGCCCGAGCCUGUGAUUCCCCCCGACCCCGCUGCGGUGGCCGCGACUGCCUGGGGCCAGCCAUCCACAUCGCCAACUGUUCCAGGAAUGGGGCGUGGACCGCGUGGUCGUCGUGGGCCCUGUGCAGCACGACCUGUGGGAUGGGAUUCCAGGUCCGCCAGCGAAGUUGCAGCAACCCUGCUCCCCGCCACGGGGGCCGCAUCUGCGUGGGCAAGAGUCGGGAGGAGCGGUUCUGUAACGAAAACACGCCUUGCCCGGUGCCUAUCUUCUGGGCAUCCUGGGGCUCCUGGAAUAAGUGCAGCAGCAACUGCGGGGGCGGCGUGCAAUCGCGGCGUCGGGCCUGUGAGAACGGCAACUCCUGCCCUGGCUGCAGCGUGGAGUUCAAGACCUGCAACCCCGAGGGCUGCCCCGAAGUGCGGCGCAACACACCGUGGACGCCGUGGCUGCCGGUGAACGUGACUCAGGGCGGGGCGCGACAGGAGCAGCGAUUCCGCUUCACGUGCCGCGCGCCCCUGCCCGACCCCCACGGCCUGCAGUUUGGCAGGAGGAGGAUGGAGACCCGAACUUGCCCUGCGGACGGCUCCGGAACCUGCGACACCGACGCCCUGGUGGAGGAUCUCUUGCGCAGCGGGGGCACCGGCCCGCACACGGUGAGCGGGGGCUGGGCAGCCUGGGGGCCGUGGUCGUCCUGCUCCCGGGACUGUGAGCUGGGCUUCCGCGUCCGCAAGAGGACAUGCACGAACCCCGAGCCGCGCAACGGGGGUCUGCCCUGCGUGGGCGACGCCGCCGAGUACCAGGACUGCAACCCCCAGGCUUGUCCAGUACGUGGUGCCUGGUCCUGCUGGACCUCGUGGUCCACAUGCUCAGCCUCCUGUGGUGGUGGCCAUUAUCAACGCACCCGUUCUUGCACCAGCCCCGCGCCCUCCCCAGGCGAGGACAUCUGUCUGGGGCUGCACACAGAGGAGGCACUGUGUGCCACGCAAGCCUGCCCAGAAGGCUGGUCGCCGUGGUCUGAGUGGAGUGCAUGCACUGAAGAUGGAGCCCAGACCCGCAGCCGGCGCUGUGAGGAGCUGGUCCCAGGGCCCAGCACCUGUGCUGGAAACAGCAGCCAGAGCCGCCCCUGCCCCUACAAUGAGAUUCCCGUGAUCCUGCCUGCCUCCAGUGUGGAGGAGGCCACCGGCUGUGGAGGGUUCAGUCUCAUCCACCUGGUGGCUACGGGCAUCUCCUGCUUCCUGGGCUCUGGACUGCUGACCUUGGCAGUGUACCUGUCCUGCCAGCACUGCCAGCGCCAGUCCCAGGAGUCCACACUCGUCCAUCCUGCCACCCCCAACCACCUGCACUACAAGGGUGGGGGCACCCCCAAGAAUGAGAAGUACACACCCAUGGAGUUCAAGACUCUGAACAAGAAUAACCUGAUCCCUGAUGACAAAGCUAGCUUCUACCCGUUGCAGCAGACCAAUGUGUACACGACCACGUACUACCCCAGCCCACUCAACAAACACAGCUUCCGGCCUGAGGCAUCACCUGGACAACGGUGCUUCCCCAACAGCUGAUACCACUGUCUCGAGGACUUGGGCUCCUUGCCUUCCUAAGGCACAGAGCAGGUGGAGAUGGGACCAUAGAGCCAGUUUGGUUUUCUCCUUCUGCACUUGGCCAAGAACUUGCUGCCUUGCCUUGUGGGGAUCCCAUCUGGCUUCAAAGAGCUCUGGCUGGCGGUGACCAUGGGGGAGAGGGCUGGCUUCAGGCUGGCACAUGGCUGCAGUUCCUAGCUCAGCCUAGGUCUCUUCAUGGCCUCCUUUCAACUCACCAUCAUGCUAACCUUCCCUGCCAUGUCUGGGCUAUGGACCUACUGGGCAUGUGAGGAAUUGGACAAUGGAGAUGGCAGGAAAGCAGGCUUUUAGGUUUGGGUGGGAAACGACAACUGUGUGGCCAUCACGGGCCAAGUCUGCUUCUUUCUGACUGGCCCCGGGAAGGGCCUGAGCUACAUUCUGAUUAUCUCUGAAAGGAACUAAUCAGAUGGCCCCAGCAGCUCUGGAUUCUUUGCCCAGGGCUGGGCCAUUGUGGUGCUCCCCCAGUGUGACAGAGGGACCAAGACCAAACUAGGUUCUCCACCCGUACCUAGCUGUGUGUACUUUGCCCAGGGACAUCCCUCUAGUCAGAGACAGUGAGGGCUGGGGGACUGAAGACUGAUCUUUGCUGAGAAGCCCUUUAAUCUGGGCUGGCACAGGCCUCAGACUUGCCUCCAGAAUGCACGAAGGGUGACCCAGAAGAAAGAGAGGCAGGAGCCCAGCCUCUGUGCCACUAUGGAGACUGUCUUCCAGUUGCUGCUCAAAAGAGCUGUUGGCUGAGACCUGCUUGGGAGCCUCUGCUGGCCCCUCAUCUGUUCAGGAACACAUACACACACAAUCACAACCUGCUACAGCAACAAAAAGGAUGUUGGGCUGUGGCAUUAUUAAUUAAAGAUGAUAUCCAGUCUCCAAAUGUAACUUUGUCUUCGUGCAUGUGCGCGUGGGCUCCUCUUGACAUGGUCUAGUCAAUCACAGCAAUGCACUGGGGUGACAGAUGGUCUUCUCAGGGUGGAGGAAAUGACCCGAGUAGAAUUUGACCUUAAUAGAGGAUAUACUUCCAUUUGUGAGUCUAUGUUUAUACACACAUGUUGCCCUAAACCCUUUUUGGAAAAGAGAUGAAGGACAAGCAAGUCCGAAAGUAGGAGCACAAAGUACACCAAAGACAACACAACAGAAGAGAUUUCUGCCUGCUCCCUUAGCGGCUCUUCCAGGCAACAGCUCCAGAGGGGGAAUGUGUAAAUCCAGCAGGGGAGUGUUGAUGAGGGUUUGUGUUUGUUUGUUUUUUUUUUAAAUGAGGUUUUUACAAUGCUGAGUUUAAUAAAAUCAAAAUUGA